AUUACCAAACACAUCACCCGCCACAAUGUCGUUCCUCUUCGGCCGCCAGCCGCAGCUCUCCUCCGAGCAGAAGAUCGCCCAAGCCGAAGCAGAAAUCGACAUGGUCUCGGACAUGUACGCGCGCCUGGUCCAAUCCUGCAGCAAGAAAUGCCUCGACACCUCUUACCGCGAAGCCGAUCUCAACAAGGGCGAGUCCGUCUGCCUCGACCGCUGUGUCGCAAAGUUCUUCGAGGUCAACGUAAAGGUUAGUGAAAAAAUGCAAGGCGAGGCACAAGGGAAGGCUGCUGGUGGAGCCAUGUUCGGUGGAGGCAUGUAAACAAGUCUACGCUACAGGCAAGACAAAGCCGGAUGCACAAAUCGAGAAUGCUAAGACGAGACGAGCGAGGUACAGUGUCCGCGAACCAGGUCAAGGAGAUGGGACGUUUUGGGGGGGGGGGAAGACAAACCACCGCUUCACGCAAUUCGCCAUCGAUUUGGCGCUGUACAAUAGAUUUUACCGGAUUGAGCAAGGUGCUUGGAAUGGUAUGAUAUGCAAG